GAAGGAGACAAAUCAACGAAAGUUUCCAAAUUGAAAAAAGGAGAAUUCGUAAUGGUUAAUAUUGGCUCCACUUCUGUGGGCGCGAGGGUUGCUGGAGUUAAGCCAGAAGUGGCCAAGUUGGAACUCACUGGCCCUGUCUGCACCCGGGUGGGAGACAAGGUGGCGCUGAGCCGGCGAGUGGACAAGCACUGGAGGCUGAUUGGCUGGGGGCAAAUCAACAAGGGCAAAACUUUGCUGCUGCAGGAGUCUCUUUAA